AUGCCGCAGCUCGCUAAUUGUCGCUUCUUCAGAUUCAUAAUCUCCAACAUGGAGAAUCAAAUUAGAUUGCCGGUGGCUUUCUCCAACGUUGUACGGGAUAACAUGAGCAACCCCGUCGAGGUAAUCACAACAAACGGUCAGUCAUGGAGCAUCUCGUGGGAUGUGGAGAAGGAGCAUCCGCAUCAAAUCGUAUUCACCGGAGGCUGGCGAGCCUUUUACGAACACUACCACCUACGAAUCGGUGACUCAAUGCUGCUAUCGUAUCACCAACCGAAGUUUUUCUAUGUGGACAUCCACGACACAACAUACUUCGAGAUCAACUACGGAAGAAACUUGAGAAACGGAAGUCUUCCGGCAAUACCCGCACAUGGCAACUAUACAGUCCAGUUCUUCACGAUAAUCCCGGUGAACGCCCCUGAUACACUGGACGGUGUCCGGGCACGCUAUGGCCUAAGGGAUGAGUGGCUUGUGCUGUUCCGUUAUCACGCCGUUCAGAACACAAUGUACGUCAUAUUCUUCAACGGUCAUACAAUGAAAAUCAACUACUUGGCCCAUGCCGGUCCCGGGACGGACUCCACUUGUAUAACCGAUCCGUCGGCCCCCAGGUCAAGGCACAUAGCCGAUGGGUUCAGAUCGACCAAUCCGUUCUUUGUAAGUCCAAUCAUGCACCGCCUGGCAAACCGUUUUCUCCCGAAUGUCCCCCCUCUGCCGGGAGUAUGCGAGGAUAGCCCAAUUACGAUUACCAACGACAGGGGCGCGUGGACCGUUCGGUAUACGCACUAUGUCGGGAGGACGAACGGAUGCUUUGGAAUUGGCUGGUCUGCCUUAGCAACUGCAUGCCAACUAAGAUACGGCCAUGUUUGUGUCUUCGAACGGCUUGCGCCGCAAGAAUACCGGCUGCAUAUAUAUUGA